CUUCGCUACCCAUUCAACGAGUCGGUCCGGAAUGCGGAACCUCCACGUCAUAUGGAAACAGUCGAUGCGGGGUAGAAGGUAAAAACAGAGAAUCAUCAGAGGGGAAUAUCAACCGGAGUCUUCUAAGAAGACAUCCCAAUCGGCACAAUGACAGCCGCAGAAAAUGUGUGUUAUACCCUUAUAAACGUGCAGACGGACUCAGAACCUCCAUCAGAAAUCAGCCUGAAAGCAGAUUUAGAAAAGGGUGAAAUCAAGGCCAAGACCGAAGCUUUGAAGAAGGUGAUCAUCAUGAUCCUGAAUGGGGAGAAGCUGCCCGGACUGCUGAUGACCAUCAUCCGCUUCGUUCUUCCUCUGCAAGACCACACCAUCAAGAAGCUUCUCCUGGUCUUUUGGGAGAUUGUACCCAAGACCACACCAGAUGGCAAGCUGCUCCAGGAGAUGAUCCUGGUCUGUGAUGCCUAUCGGAAGGACCUGCAGCACCCCAACGAGUUCAUCCGCGGCUCCACGCUGCGCUUCCUGUGCAAACUGAAGGAGGCAGAGCUGUUGGAGCCCCUGAUGCCAGCCAUCCGCGCCUGCCUGGAACAUCGCCAUAGUUACGUGCGACGGAAUGCUGUGCUGGCCGUCUACACUAUAUACAGGAAUUUUGAGAAUUUGAUUCCUGAUGCCCCGGAGCUCAUCCACGAUUUUCUGGUGAACGAGAAAGAUGCCAGCUGUAAGAGAAAUGCCUUCAUGAUGCUGAUUCACGCAGACCAGGACCGAGCACUGGACUACCUGAGCACCUGCAUCGACCAGGUCCAUACCUUCGGGGACAUUCUGCAGCUGGUCAUCGUGGAGCUAAUUUACAAGGUGUGUCACGCCAACCCGUCGGAGCGUGCCCGCUUCAUCCGUUGCAUCUACAACCUGCUGCAGUCCUCCAGCCCCGCUGUCAAGUACGAAGCAGCGGGGACACUGGUGACCCUCUCCAGCGCACCCACGGCCAUCAAGGCAGCCGCUCAGUGCUACAUUGACCUAAUCAUCAAGGAGAGCGAUAAUAACGUCAAGCUUAUUGUCCUGGAUCGCCUGGUUGAGCUGAAGGAGAACCCCACCCACGACCGCGUGCUCCAGGAUCUGGUCAUGGACAUCCUGCGAGUCUUGGCAACGCCUGACCUGGAAGUCCGGAAAAAGACCCUGCAGUUGGCUCUGGACCUGGUUUCAUCUCGCAACGUGGAGGAGCUCGUGAUCGUACUGAAGAAGGAGGUAAUCAAGACCAAUAAUGUGACCGAACAUGAGGACACGGAUAAAUACAGGCAACUGCUGGUACGGACGCUGCACUCCUGCAGCGUGCGCUUCCCCGACAUGGCGGCUAAUGUCAUCCCCGUGUUGAUGGAGUUCCUGAGCGACACCAACGAGGCAGCCGCCACCAACGUGUUGGAGUUCAUCAGGGAGGCCAUCCAGAGGUUCGAUGGCCUGCGGCCUCUUGUCUUUGAGAAGCUACUGGAGGUGUUCCACUCCAUCAAGGCCGUGAAGAUUUUCAGGGGAGCACUGUGGAUUUUGGGCGAGUACUGCUGCACCAAGGAGGACAUCCAGAGCGUGAUGACAGAAAUCCGAAGGUCCCUAGGAGAGAUCCCGAUCGUGGAGAAUGAGUUAAAGAGAGAGCUGGGCGAGAUCAAGCCUGAGGAUGAGGCGACGGUGACCCCCGCGCAGAAACUGGUGACGGAGAUGGGCACCUAUGUGACUCAGAGCGCCUUGGUCUCCACAAGACCCACUAAGAAGGAUGAGGACAGACCUCCCCUAAGGGGCUUCCUGAUGGAUGGAGAUUUCUACGUUGCUGCUGCCUUGGCGACCACCCUGACCAAACUUGCCCUUCGCUAUGUGUCUAUCAUCCCAGAUAAAAGGAAGCAAAAUUCCUUUGUGGCCGAAGCCAUGCUGAUCAUGGCCUCCGUGCUCCACCUGGGCAAGUCGUCGCUGGCCAAGAAGCCGAUCACGGACGACGACGUGGACCGCAUCUCGCUGUGCAUCAAGGUGCUGUCUGAGUGCUCGCCACUCAUGGAUGACAUCUUCAACAAGGAGUGCCGCAGCUCACUGUCGCACAUGUUAACAGUGAAGCUGGAGGAGGAGAAGCUCUCGCAAAAGAAAGAGUCAGAGAAGCGCAGCGUGACAGUGCAGGCCGACGACCCCCUCACCUUCAUGCAGCUCACUGCCAAGAGCGAGACGGCCUCCAAGGAGGACCAGUUCCAGCUCAGCCUGCUCGCGGCUAUGGGCAACACGCAGAGGAAGGAGGCUACCGACCCAUCGGCCUCUAAGCUCAACAAGGUCACCCAGCUGACUGGGUUCUCUGACCCAGUGUACGCAGAGGCCUAUGUCCAUGUCAACCAGUACGACAUAGUGCUGGAUGUGCUGGUCGUCAACCAGACCAGUGACACCCUGCAGAAUUGUACGCUGGAGCUGGCCACUCUGGGUGACCUGAAGCUAGUGGAGAAGCCCUCCCCCCUCACACUGGCUCCCCACGACUUCACCAACAUCAAGGCCAACGUCAAAGUGGCGUCCACAGAAAAUGGCAUCAUCUUUGGAAACAUAGUCUAUGACGUGUCAGGCGCGGCCAGCGACAGGAACUGUGUGGUGCUGAGUGACAUCCACAUAGACAUCAUGGACUACAUCCAGUCAGCCUCCUGCACUGAUGCCGAGUUCAGACAAAUGUGGGCCGAGUUUGAGUGGGAGAACAAGGUCACGGUGAACACGAACAUCGCGGACCUGUAUGAGUACCUGCAGCACAUCCUCUCCUCCACCAACAUGAGAUGCCUGACUCCAGAGAAGGCUCUGUCAGGGUUCUGCGGCUUCAUGGCUGCUAACCUGUACGCCCGCUCCAUCUUCGGGGAAGAUGCCCUCGCCAACGUUAGCAUCGAGAAGCCCGUGCACCUGGGCCCUGACGCUCCAGUGAGCGGCCACAUCCGGAUCCGUGCCAAGAGUCAGGGCAUGGCAUUGAGCCUUGGAGACAAGAUUAACCUAUCCCAGAAGAAGAUCAGCAUAUGAAUGGACCAGGGAGGCUGUUGGUAGAUGACCCUCGCCUUAUGCGGACAUUUCCCCUUCAUGUUUCUGUUACUUGUGUCCGUGCAGAUGCACUUUACUGUCCCCUUCCAGCCUUCUGACUUCCCUGGUGUGCAGAAAUACUGAUGGCUACGAUUCUGUAACUCGCUUAACUCUGUGCCUCGCAAUAAAGACAUCUGAUUUGAUCGCA